AUUUAAAGAUCCCAAUUUGCCGCGUUUUCUCAUUUUUUUAACAAAGAUAAAAUAUCUCUGGAUCAAACUGUCAUUCUCCCAACAAUGAAAUUAAGACCAAGUAAACACCCAAGUCACCUUCACAUGUACAAAAAUCUUGCCAGUUUUUCCUGGGGCCAAUUCUUGAUUGCUUCAACUUGUCAUUUUCAAUCUCUUUUUUAAUGCCAUUAUUUGCUAUAAUGUCAAAAGGGUAGAUUAGAAAAAUAAAAUUAUUUUCAUGGUUGGUACUGAAUAGCAAAUUGAGAAGGAAUCAUUGAAGAAGUCGAGGUCUUUGGGAAGGGAGAAACCAAUGGAGUUUGGAGGAGGAAAAGGGAGGAGAGUGGCGGUGAUCGGAGGUGGAGUCGCCGGAGCAUUCAUUGCUAAGUCUCUUCAAUUCACUGCAGAUGUCACCCUCAUUGAUGUGUAAGCAAUCUACCUCUUUGUCCUGUUCAAUUUCCUCUGUUUUUACUUGUAUCACAUUUUGUCAUUACACAAUUCUUUUUUUUCUAAUUGAUCAUCUAAAGAUCUGUCUAAUUUGUGAAAGUUAUUUUGCCUUCUGAACUUCCUUGUAAAGAAGCUUGUGAACUUGCUCUCAGAUUAAGCUAUUUGAAUUGUUUCAAAUUCUUAGCUUGUAUGAAUGACUGAAAAUAUAUAUUGCAUUGUUCUGUUUUGAUCAUAAAGAUAAUGAUCAGAACAUCUGCUAUCUUCUUGGCCCUUUGGUUAUAAGAACUAAAGAAAUUAACUAGGAAGAAAGAAGGUUUGCUACAUAGAACUUCUUGAGCAGUUUGGUUUUAGACAUGAUGCAAACUUUGCAUUUUGCCCUGAAAUUUUGCUUAACUAGCUUCAUUAAUGGUAUGUAAACAGAAAAAGAAAAAUCCUAAUGAUAUAUCCUGAAAUUUUGCUAGAAGGAAUUAAGGAUGUUCAAAACAUGGAGAAUGAUAGAACUUAUGUUUGGCCAGAGAACGACCCAUAUAUCCGAUUCCACAUAACAAUGAUGUAAAAGUGAAGAAGUAGAUACUGCAAAUAGAACAAUCUAUCUGACUAUUGAAGUUCUUCAGCUCAUUCUGGAUCAAUGUAAGACCUUGUAAAAUCUGUAUUUUGGUUGUCCUGUCUUGAAUGAAUCUCCUUCCAUACAUCUAAUCAGUAGAAAAGAGAUACUUGUGUCACUCACUUUUGUGUUUGCAUUGCUAAUGGUGAUCAUAUGAUAAAACAGGAAAGAGUACUUUGAAAUCCCAUGGGCAAGCUUAAGAGGAAUGGUGGAGCCUUCAUUUGCUGAGAGAUCAGUUAUCAACCAUAAAGACUACCUCUCCAAUGGCCGUCUCGUUGUAUCCAGAGCUGUCAAUAUCACCAAUUCUGAUGUUUUAACUGCUGAGGGACGCCUCGUGGGUUACGAUUACUUGGUCGUCGCCACCGGCCAUGAUGAUCCCUUUCCCAAGACCAGGAGAGAGAGACUUAGAGAGUAUGAAGCAGAGAAUGAAAAGAUAAGAGCUGCUCAGUCAAUCAUGAUUGUUGGAGGAGGUCCUACUGGUGUUGAACUUGCUGCUGAGAUUGCUGUUGAUUUUCCAGCAAAGAAAGUAACCUUAGUCCAUGAUGGAUCAAGGUUGCUGGAAUUCAUCGGACCCAAAGCUUCCAACAAAACUAUGGAAUGGUUGAAAACAAAAGAUGUAGAAGUGAAGUUGCAGCGAUCUGUUGUUGAAAUGGAGAGUGUUGAUUCAGAUGGCAGCAAGACAUACCGAACUUCAUCUCGCGAAACGAUUAGGGCAGAUUGUCAUUUCUUAUGCACUGGAAAGCCAUUAGGUUCGGCGUGGCUUAAAGAAACCAUCUUGAAAGAUAACAUGGACAGCAAUGGGAGGUUGAAGGUUGAUGACUACAUGAGAAUCAAGGGUCACAAGAACAUUUUCGCAAUAGGAGACAUUACAGAUAUUAAGGAAAUUAAGCAAGGAUAUUUGGCUCAGAAACAUGCUGUGGUUGCUGCUAAAAACAUAAAGAUACUGAUGGAUGGAGAGAAGGAAAGCAAGAUGGCCACUUAUAAGCCUCAAUCUAUAAAGGUGAUAGUCUCCCUUGGAAGGCAUGAUGCUGUGGCUCAAUUCCCAUUCACAACACUAAUUGGGCUUAUUCCUGGUAUGAUCAAAUCCAAGGAUCUGUUUGUUGGGAAAACCAGGAAGAAAAUGGGGCUUGACCCUCAAGCAGUGGACAAUUAAUGUGAUCAUAUUCAUUUCUUCUUUACAGAUAGAUACCUACUUACACAAGUUCUUUCAUUCAUUGAUCUUUUGUUGUUGUAAAAUUUUCAAGUGAGGUGAAGUAAGGUAUGGUUGUAAUAUAUGCCAAUAUAUAUAUAAAUGGUUGUCUUGUUUAUUGUACUAUGAAGCUGACUUUCACCAAAAUUCAAUGAGAGGCUGCUUUUUGGGUUUAUAGCAAGUGCUUCAUAUAAAGCAUUUAGAAUAAUCAAAAUUAAUUAAUAACUAUUUCAUCAAUCUAAGUUGACUUCUUCUAUACUCUUUGGAUUAUUGACUUUGUGCUUCAUUAUGUCUCUACCAUCUUCUCUGUGUUAUCAAUAUAUAUAGGGGACUAAACAUAGUGUGUUCAUAAAAGAAAGAUUCCUCCGUGCUUAAUUUCUUCUUUAAUCUUUCUCCAUAUGUGUCUAGUGUUAC